CGACCGCUGUUUGAAAAAGAAUCAUUCUGAAUAAUUACAUGAGUUUAGUUAUCCGAGUGGCUUUGGCGAUAACAGUUGAAGAUGUCUUCCAAUAAAAAGAAAAUCGGUAUUGUUGGAAGCGGUCUAAUUGGCAGAUCCUUCGCAAUGCUAUUCGCUGGAGCGAAUUACAAUGUAGUUAUAUACGAUGUCGAUCAAAAUCAAAUAAAAAAUGCUUUGGCGGACAUCAAACAACAGUUGAAAAUGUUAGAAGAGAAUGGUCUGCUCAGAGGGAAACUUAAUGCCCAGCAACAGUUCGCUUUAAUAAAGGGGGUAAAUAGUUUAGAGGAGGUAGUCAAAAACGCUUAUUUGGUGCAAGAAUGCGUGCCAGAAAAUUUGGAAACAAAAAAGAAAGCCUGGAGAGACAUUGACGCUCUAGCAGGGUCAAAUACCAUUUACUCAAGCUCAACAUCAGCUUUUGUGCCGUCUUUAUUUACUAAAGACUUAAAACACAGACAAAAUGUAAUAGUUUCCCACCCAAUAAACCCGCCAUACUACGCCCCAUUGAUUGAAAUAAUUCCAGCUCCUUGGACUGAUCCAGAAAUUGUAAAAAAAACGAGGACUAUCAUGACAGAAAUUGGCCAGACACCUGUAACCUUUUCCAAAGAAAUUGUUGGCUUUGCAAUAAAUAGAUUACAGUACGCUCUUUUAAAUGAAGUGUGGCAUUUGGUCACAGAAGGCAUACUAAACGUUGAGGAUAUCGACAAGGUCAUGUCGGAUGGCUUAGGCAUGAGAUACGCCUUCCUAGGACCUCUGGAAACCACCCAUUUAAACGCAGAAGGUUUUGUUAACUACUGCGAGAGAUACGCAGAUACUAUGCAUUCUGUGAGCGAAGAUUUCAAACCUCCUCCGGCGAAGUAUGACGAACACAAAGUUAAAGAAAUCGCCAGGCAGCUAGAAGCUAUGGUCCCACUGGAUAAAUUGCAAGAGAGGAGGAAUUGGAGGGACCUUUGCCUCGCCAAGCUCAGCUUAUUGAAAAAGGAGAUGCAGGAAGAAUGGAAAUAAAUUUUGUUAAAUUACAUGCUAAUAAAAUUUUUAAUAAACAAUGUAAUUUAAUCUA